UUUACACUUAUUAAAAUGCUUACAUUGAAAUUAUUAAUAUUUAUUAGAUGUUAAUUCUUUGUUUAUACUACAAUUUAUUUCGAAUUUUAAUGAUUUAAUAUGAGAGUUAGUAGUAUUCAUAUUGUUGUUUUGUUUUCAUAUGGAUUAAGUUGUAAUUUUUUUGUUUCUGCUGAAUCGUAUAAUGAAGAAUUAUUUAUCAGACCUUUGGCAACUGGUUAUGUGUACACAUUUUUUCAAUUCACUGUGGUACAAGAAAACAAUCAGUUUAAACAUUCUAAUUUAUUUCCUCACUCAUUAGGUGAUAUUAUUAAUCGCUUUAAUGUUAAUGAGUUGAACAUUGAUUUAACAUCAGGUUUAUGGAGACAUAAAGCUUGGGGUUAUCCUGCUAUAGAUGCUCCUUCAGGUGCUGAAAUAUCAGCACGUUUUCAUGUUGGUACAGCUGAUGUAAACAAAAAUUGGUAUGGAUUGACUAAUGCUCUAUCUGGAUUAUUAUGUACAUCAUUGAACUUCAUUAAUAGAGCCAAUAGUUAUGAGUCAUCUGAAGAUACAUUGUAUCGUUAUUCUAAUUUACCACGAGAAAAUGUAUGUACAGAAAAUUUAACACCUUGGAAAAAACUUUUACCUUGUGAUUCUACAAGAGGAUUAUCAAGCUUAUUGAAUUCUGGAAAAGUUCAUAAUGCCAAUUAUCAUUCAUUAGGUAUUCAUUUUCGACCGUUAUGUAAUGGUAUCAAAUGUGUUUAUGAGCUUCGCCAAACAGUAUCAUUGGUUUAUGACUCCAGUUUUAUUAGUUUUAACAAUAAUUAUGAUUGGUCUUUGCGCAGAAUGUUUGGUACGGGCUUAUUCAAAACUUGUCCCCUGGCAGAAACUAGUAAAUUAUAUUUAGAUACUUCAUCUAACCUAACUGUUCCAUAUACAAUUUCUCAAGAGCCUGAUUAUUUCUUAAAUGAAAAAAUAGCUGUUUAUAAUCUUAAAGGAAUUUUUCACUUAGCAGCUUCUGUCCCAAAACCUAAAUUUGUUGUUUCAGAACUCCGUCCUAUUCUAUACACUGAUAGAUUUAUUACAGGAUUUGGACAAGAAUAUGGUGGACUUGUCACUCGAAUUUAUAAUGAACAUGUAUCGCCUGUCACUGUUACAAUAAUUGAAAACAUUCCAUGGUUCUUACCAAUUUACUAUCAUACCCUUAAAGUAACUUGUAAUGGUUUUGAUUUAGUUCCAAAAGCCUUAAAAUACAAACCUGGUAAAGGGAGAACUCGUAUUUAUUAUUUGGAGAUAGCGUUGGAAUUAGCUGCACAAUCAGUCACAGAAAUAUCUGUUCAAUUUGAUUAUGUAUUUUUAAAGUGGCAAGAGUAUCCACCUGAUGCUAACCAUGGGUUUUACAUAGGAUCAUCCACAAUAAUAGCUACUAUUCCUCGACAUGUUACUCCUUUAACUUUUGACAAAUCUUUAAUAGUUGAUAAUUUGAAUUCAACAAAUUCAGACUAUAUAAUAAGUUUAAAAACUGAAAAUUUUAUUAUAACACUGCCAACACCUGAUUUUAGUAUGCCAUACAAUGUAAUUUGUUUAGCGUGUACUGUUGUAGCUUUAGCUUUUGGGCCUAUUCAUAACAUUACUACAAAAAGACUCAAAUUAACUACUGCUAAAUAUGUUCCUGGAUUAGCUUCAGUAGUUCAAAAACUUUACAUGUGGUUAGAAAACUUUGUAUUUAGAAAAAAAUCUGAUAAAACUGGAAAAACAGCACAAGUUAAAGUUUUUUCUCCUGGAGAGUUAAGUUAUCAUCCAACACUGGGACAUGUUUCUAAAGAAUUUAUGAAAACUCAAAAAAUUGAAGAAUUAAGUAAUAUUAACUAAAGUAUUUUUAUCAUGAUGUAAAAUGUUUAACCUUAUAAAUAAAUUAUACUCGAAUGCUUGCUUUCUUCAAUAUUGCAUUGAAUGUUUGUAAUAUAUUGAAUGUUAUUUUUGUGUGUAUAAUAAUAUUUCUAUGUAUAUUAU